UCCCAAACCCCUCUCCCCUCUCCUCCUCCGACCCCCCCACAAGCGAAAUGCUCCGACGCCUCGCCGGCGCCGCCGCGGCGCCCCUCCGCCGCUCCCUCUGCGCGGCCGCGGCGGCCUCCUUGCCCCCUCCGUGGGCCAUGCUCUACGCCAAGCCGGCGCCGGACGCGUCGGGGGCGCCGUCGCGCGCGUCCCUCGACCUCCACGAGGACCUGUGGGCCCAGCUCUCCGUCCCCGCCCGCCUCGUCGUCCCCGACGCCGGCGACGCCGCGGACUUCUUCGCCGGCGCCGUCCGCGCCGCGACCCCCGACGGCCUCCUCCUCCUCGACUUCUCCGACACCCGCUGCCGCGCCCCGGUCGACCGCACCUUCCGCCACAGCUGUCUGGCCGAGUUCGACGCCGCCGCCGGGUACGCCGGCGAGCCGGACGUCGCGCGCUUCGUCUGCAACCCUCUCAGCGGCCAGCUGGCCCGCCUCCCUGCCCCGGGCACCGAGUUCGCGAGGUCGUCCACCGCAGGCUGCUCCACGGGUUUCGGCCUGCUCACCCAGUGCGAGGGCUCCCGCGGCCCACCCGAGAGGUACGUGGUCGCUCAGCUCAGCCGCAGCCGCCGCGGGGGAGCGGACCACCCCGUCGUGCGCCGUUUCCUGUCGGAAACAGGGGAGUGGGACGAGCGGCGGCUGGCCGGCCCGUCCACGGUGCCGGCUAGCCGGGACAUGCGCAUAGACCCGAACCUCGAGGUGGUGGCAUUCGGCGACCGGCUGUGGUGGCUCGACCCGACCUGGGGCGUCUGCUCUGUCGACCCUUUCAGCGACCAGCCGGAGCAUCGCUUCGUGGAGCUGCCACCGGCCAGCGUGCUGCCUGACCUGAUUGACCUGGCGGGGACACCGGUGCUGGGCAGGCACCGUCGUGUGGGGGUGAGCGAGGGGAAGCUGCGCUACGUGGAGGUGUCUAACAGCAGGAAGCCAUUCGUGUGCAGCUCCUUCUCGCUCGAUGAGAAGGGCUGCUGCUGGACGCUCGAGCACAAGGUAGCAUUCAAUCCUGUUCUCCCUGAAAGGUGCAAAGUUCUGGAAGACCACAUACCGUGCAUUGCCGCCAUCGAUCCAUUCCGGGCCAAUUUUCUGUUCGUCAUCUAUGGUCACUUUCUUAUUGUUGUGGACAUGGCUGAGGGGAAAUCCUUAGGGGGGCGGUAUCUUCCAGAAAGAGCCGGCGAUCAAACCCUGUGCCCCUCUGGUUUUCUUGUGCCCUGCACACUCCCAACAUGGCUAGAGUCGAGCUACAUCCCCUGUGCAGGAUCCCUUUCAAGCAAGAAGACCAAUUCUGGAAGGAACACUUUGGCAGCCACGCUGGUUCGUGCAGACAGGGACUGAUUAUCACCUAAUGAAGACUGAACUGAAGUAUGUUGCCACUUCUUACCAAGUGAGCAUGCUGCGAAUUGAUUGUUAUCGUGAAAUUUGACAUAUUAGCAAGUACUAGUUUUUUUUGGGGGGAAAUAUUAGCAAGUAGUAGUUCAUAUAACCUAAAGUAUCCGUGAACAUCAGAUUCCAUUUCUCUUACAGUGUCUGCAAUUUGUUAGCUGGAAAAGUUAAGUACUGCUUGCCUGGUUGGUGCA